CACCUGGGGUCAAAGCUGGUGCCUGUCUCAGCCCUGCGGCGUCCCAGGGUGCUGGGGGGCGCGGGCAGUGCUGCCGGGCGGGCUGCUAUGCCGCGAACCUGAGGCGGCUCGGGCAGCUGGAGGCCGUUUGGGAGAGCCCCAGCCCACGCCUCACGAGUGGUCCUCCCCGGCGACAUGCGGCGGGAUAAGGACACCACCCCCUCUGCGUGUCCUGACGGGUCGGCUCCGCCCGGGCAGGCUCCGUGGGGCGGGGCCGGCCCCUCACAGCCGUUACCGCCCCAGCGGCUCCUACCGUGCGACUGCGGCUAGAGCCAAUCAGCGGCGGGUUUGUUGCGAGGCGAGCGAGAGCGGCGGCCAGUGGGAGAGCGGCCGUUGGGCAGGCGGGAAGCCGGCGGCCGUUUGAAGGCGGCUGCGGUCCGGCGGAGGAGCCCGGCUGCAGCCUGCAGCUGCGCUGUGCCGGCAGCACCCCCUGUGCCGGUCAUCGCAGCCGCUGCCCUGUGACCAUGUCUAACGUAAAGACAGAGGACGACAUAACGCUCGUUGAGAGGGAAAUGAAGGAGUUCUGGGCCGAGCUGAAGGGCGUUUAUGGCACGGAGCAGCUCAAGCAGACCCUAGCGCUGAGGGACUCCUGCAAGGAGUCCCUGAAGGUGCUCUCAGAGAAAUGGGCCAAGAAGCUGAAAGAAGGGGACCUGAUGAUCGAUAAAAUUCAGGAGUAUAGAAAUGAGAUUCUUCGGCAGAAUAAACACAUAUCAGAAAAUCAAGAACAUUUGACAGAAAUAAAAUCUAACCUAAACCAUGAAGAAGAGCAAAAGAAGGAGUUAACUGACAGUAUCCAAGAGCUUAAAGAGGAGCUGAUGAAGAAAAAGGAAGUGAUAUCUUCUAAAAACAAGGCUGCUAAGGAGAGAGUGGAACGACUUUGCAAGUCUAAAGAGUUGUUUGAAGAGCGGCUUGGAUUGGAAAUACGUAGAAUUCAUGAUGAACAGUUACAGUUUAUAUUCAGACAUAUUGACCACAAAGAUCCUGACAAGCCAUAUGUGUUUACCCUUUCCAUAAAUGACCAGGGAGAUUAUGAAGUGACUUCCUGUACUCCUCCUCUGGAUUGUAUAGCAGAGUUCCAGCUGAAAGUGAGAGAAACUAACAACUUCUCUGCAUUUGUUGCCAACAUCAGAAAGGCUUUCACUGCUUUAUCUUAUAAACAGUCUGCCUAAACUUACCUUAUAAAUCUGUUCCUAGCUAUAGAGCACUUCUUAUUUUUCCUUUGUGUAUUGUGUAAGUAUCUAUUUAUCGGUGUCUUCCUCUAAUCUUUAAAUAAAGAAAAAUAAAACUGA